AUGUACCCGCACCAGGGUGGCCAGGGCCAGAUGCCCUCUCACUGGCAGCCGCCUGCGACCCAGGCGCCUGCCAAUGGCGCCUAUCCGCCGCCGCCGCCCUCGCAUAUGAACACCACCCUCCCUCCCCCACCGCCCCAAGAGCCGCGCCCUGACAUGGCCGCCCACCAGCACCCGCAGUACCAGCAGCAGUACCGUCUUCCGGGCCCCAACGAGUGGACGCGCGCCCCGCCGCCGCAAGAUGCAUACCGCCAGCAGGGCCCUCCCCCACCGCAGUAUGUCCAGCAGCACCACCAGCCGCCCGCGCCCCGCCAGCGCACCGCCAUUGCCUGCCGCUACUGCAGACGCCGCAAGAUCCGCUGCUCUGGCUUCGAGGCCACCGAGGACGGCCGCUGCUCCAACUGCAUGCGAUUCAACCAGGACUGCAUCUUCACGCCCGUCUCGGCGCAGACACAGGCCUUUGUCCCGGCGCACACUGUCUGGCGCGGCGUCGGCGCUCCCCCGCCCAUGUACGGCGCAUACGGGCAGCCUCUGCCGCCUGCAAACCACGCAGAGGCCUAUCCCCAGCCGCCUCGCCAGGGGCAGCAGCAGGGUUAUUUGCCCAGCCCUACCGCAGGUCCGUAUUCCUAUGGUCCGCCCAGUGCUCACUCAGAUGAGGGCAGCCGUGACGACCUGACUGGCAGGAAGAGGCCCCACCCGGAGCCUCACACUCCCACCCUGCCACCGCCAGCUCCUGGCUCAGCGUCACAGGGCUCUCAUCGAGCAUCUGGUCAAGACUAUGCGUAUCCAGAGCCACCGUCUCUAACCCAAGCGCCGCGAACAGCCACCCCUUCGGCACCUUACUCGGCUGCCCCUCCCGCAUCCCAGCCGUACUACACCGCACAGCCUCCUCGCCAGGCUUCCCCUCAGAGCGCCUACCGCUACGAUCCUAGUCGCACAUCCUCCUCUCCACACUCGCAAGCGCCCACCACUCCUGGGUCAGCCUCCGCGCCCUACUACCCUCCCCAGCAGAAUGGCGCUCUGCAGCCCAACCCACCCCGCAGCGAUGGCAGGACUCCACCGCCACCGACCUCGCAGCCUGCCAGCAGACCUGGCAUGCGCAUCAACGACAUCGUGAGCGACAACGGAAACGGACGCAGCUCGACCGACUCGGACAUGCUCAACAUGCUCAACCGCCGCCCCAUGUGA